CACGGACACGGUGACCCCCGGCUGGACACGGACAGACCGACAGAUUGUUCGCUGGUCACUGAGCGGCGGGUGUGACGUAACAGUAGGUGCCGCUAUAAAACUGCCGCCGUCUCGCUGCCGCCCGCGUACUCCUGAGCUGUCAGCGGCUGCUGCGCGUCACGGUCUGGUGCGCUCGGAACUAGAAGCUCCAGGACUUCCCGGGACUCCCUAUUGUCUCCCCAGCCCCCAUGUCUCCCAGCCCCCCCAGUUCUAACAGCCAAUAAGCUUCAGCCUCAUGUUUCUCUCCCUUCAGCUGCUCCGCGCAGGAUUCCAUUCAGCCCCAGUGUGGGCUCGGCGAGCUGUUUGGAGCAGGUGGGCUGUUAUUGGCUUCUCCUCAUGUUUUCUUUGGUCUGGAGACAGUCUGAGGCGCUGACAUCAUGCCUGGACCCGCGACUGGCUCUGCCCAAAAACUUUGUGUCCCGUGGAGGAGAAGAGCAAGUGAUUGGCUAUCAGGAUGCCAACUGCCACUUGCUGCCCCCGGGGCCAUGGCUUAGGGCUCACUCCGGAUUAAGCAGCUGCUGCCUGUGCUGCUGGUGAUGUCCAUGCUGCCGAACAGUAGGAUCAUGGAAUGGAACAUUACUGUGUCUGCUAAUGGGAGCGCGGGGGCAGAUACAUGGGGCAGGCACCGCUUCUCCGUCUUCAGUGUCCUCAUUUUAACUCUGCUGGCCAUGCUGGUGAUUGCCACCUUCCUAUGGAACGUGCUGGUGCUGGUCACCAUCCUGAGGGUGAGAACUUUCCACAGGGUGCCCCAUAACCUGGUGGCCUCCAUGGCCAUAUCUGAUGUGAUGGUGGCCGCCCUGGUGAUGCCCUUGAGCCUGGUGCAUGAGCUGAACGACAGGCGCUGGAGACUGGGCAGAGUACUUUGCCACAUCUGGAUCUCCUUCGAUGUCCUCUGUUGCACGGCCAGCAUCUGGAACGUGACCGCCAUCGCCCUGGACAGGUAUUGGUCCAUCACCAGGCACCUGGAAUACACCCUAAAGACCAGGAAGAGGAUCUCCAACAUCAUGAUCCUCCUCACUUGGCUCCUUUCUGCUGUCAUCUCACUGUCCCCUCUUUUUGGAUGGGGAGAGACCUACUCCGAGGUGAAUGAAGAGUGUCAAGUGAGCCAGGAACCUUCCUACACCAUCUUCUCCACCUUUGGGGCAUUUUAUCUCCCGCUUUGCGUGGUUUUAUUUGUCUACUGGAAAAUCUACAAAGCAGCUAAAUUUCGAAUCGGGUCGAAGAAGACAAAUACAAUAACGCCAAUGCCAGAGGUGAUUGAGGUGAAGGAAGCCUCCCACCAGCCUCAGAUGGUCUUCACCGUCCGACAUGCUACCGUCACUUUCCAGACAGACGGGGACACUUGGAGAGAGCAGAAAGAGAAAAAGGCUGCCUUAAUGGUGGGGAUCCUCAUCGGGGUCUUUGUUCUCUGCUGGAUCCCCUUCUUUAUAACGGAAUUAAUCAACCCUCUGUGUUCAUGUGACAUUCCACCGAUCUGGAAAAGUAUAUUCUUAUGGCUGGGCUACUCAAACUCCUUCUUCAACCCCUUGAUCUACACGGCCUUUAAUAAGAAUUACAACAACGCUUUCAGAAACUUGUUCUCCAGGCAGCGGUGAUUGGUCACUUACUGGUCAAGUUAGGACAUGCUUGGUAUCUCGUGCCCAUCAGGUCUUCAUGGUCUUCAUCUCACAGACUUCUAAGCCAUGUACAAUGUGUGUGUAUUUGGGUCCAAUGGAUGCAAAAUAAUUGAAUGCCAGCAAUGAGAUUUGGUUCUUCUUGUGCAAGGAGUUGCCAUCUGUUCCAAGGUCAUAAAGUCCAAGGUCAUCUAGUCCAAGGUUAUAUAGUCCAAGGUUAUUCUAGGGGAUAGAUCAGUUGGAUUUGCCUAAUUAUCAGGCCACUGCAAGCCUAUAUAUGUCUUCUGCUUACAAAUACACCUCCCAGAUGUCUGUAGAACUUUAUGAUCAUCAGCUGCUCCUUAACCUCUUGAGCCUCAAAAAUAGGAUAUGAUUUUCUGCUAUGGCUUGGAUAUGGGGCAGAAUCACCUCCGAUGUAUACUAUAUAACUUCCAAAGAGGUUCUGAAGCAGCUAUUGACUCUACAAUCAGGGUUUUUUGCUUGAAUGACGAUGUAUGAAAGGCACUGUUCUUGGGACUUUUAUUGAGGAAUAAACAGACGGUGAAGUAUGGA